ACUAUGAAAAAUAAUUACAAAUGUAUAAUACCAAAUAAUUUUCUAUAAACCUAGUCGCCUGGAGAAAAUAAAAAAUAAUUCUUUUUAAUGCGCGUGCGUGCGCAGGUGUCAAUUUUUUUUGAGGUUACGUUUCCCAGUAAGAAAAACAAAGUUAUUGUCAAAAUGCCUUCUUUUCUAUAGUUUAUUCCGUUUUUUCUGAAUGUAGUUUAUCAAUAGUUUUUAUUAUACAAUUUAGUUGUAGUUUAGUUCUGUUUUUAUGUGUAUUAAAGUUUUCAUUUAAUGGCUGCCAUCGAUAAAGUGAAAAUUCUCGUUCUUGGCGAUUCCGGUGUUGGAAAAACAUCGUUAACGCAUUUAAUUUGUCACCAACAGCCAAUGAAUAAUCCAUCAUGGACAAUUGGCUGUUCGGUGGAAGUAAAAUUACACGAAUAUAAAGAAGGGACAGCAAAUCAGAGACGAUAUUUUAUCGAAUUAUGGGACAUUGGUGGCAGUCAGAGUCAUCAAAAUACACGUUCUGUUUUUUACAACAAUACCAACGGAAUAAUUUUAGUUCACGACAUGUCGAAUCGUAAAUCACAACAGAAUUUACGAAAAUGGUUACAGGAAGUUUUAAAUAGAGAUGGCAAUUCAUUGAAAUCAAAGUCGUUUGACGAUUUCGAUCCUGAACAGUUUGUGGGUUCAACUCAAAUUCCAAUUCUAGUCGUGGGUACAAAAUCGGAUUUAAUGGCGCAAGUAAGAUCGACCGUUUACAGAAGAUCUUCAACAAUUGCUGAAGAAUGUGGAGCGGAUGAAAUAUAUUUAGACUGUUUGCAAAUUCGUUCAUUAGCUGCUGGUUCAGGUUCUUCAGUGAAAUUGAGUAGAUUUUUCGAUAAAGUUAUCGAGAGACGAUAUUAUUCAGUGAGAGAAGGAAUAAGUCCCGACAAAAGACGAAUAAAUGCAUUUACAUCAUCAUACAAUCCAAAAAUGUAUCAUGACGAUUGAGAGUGAGAGAGAAAUGGUUUCCAAUUUUUUAUUUUUUAUGCACUUUUCAUUUCUCAUAAUUUUCUUAAACUAUUAAAAAAGAAAUAUUAGUAAAAUUAACCCUUUUUUCUCUCUCACUUUAUGUGGUAUUUCAAUUUCGAUAAUUCUCUCUUCUUCAACUUCUUUUGUAAAUAGUAGGUAUAUAAUUAUUAAAAUAUUAUCUUUUUUAUUGAAAAAUAAA